AUGUCGACGCUGCAAGCCUCGGGAGACUGGCGUCAGGCGCUAACUAUUUUCCUGGAUCUCGGACGAUUUAGCCUCCGCAUCUCACGCCUGGCCUGUACCGGCCUGAUUGCGUCCUGCGCCCGCUUCCUGGGAUGGCAGCUGGCCCUCCAAGCGCAGCAGAGGCUGCAGGAGGCGGCCGUGGAAGCAGACGUCGUCCUGGCGCUCUCCGCCCUGGAGGCCGUUGAGGAGUCGAAUCGCUGGCGCCUCACAUCGGCUCUCUUCACACACCUGGCCAAGGAGGUGCGCGGCAACGAGUUCCUCUUCAGCUCCCUGCUGUCCGCCCACGGCAAG